GUACCAGCCAUCUGGGCAGUGCUUGAGCUGCAGAAACUGGGACCAGCCCUCCACAGACCUCUGACCUGACCCUCUCCAGUACCCUUCUCUGUAUUAGCUGCUUCCGCUGCUGCAUCAGAUAGUUUCAGCUGUAACUCCCUGCAAGGUGGGGCACCCAUCUCAAGCAGGUUUUGGUGCACCCCACUGACGCUACUCCCCAGGGCUGCCGCUGCCUGUGGCCUCAGCUGAGGAAGACAGGGAUGGGCAAGGCCACUGGUGGAUGAGGAUAAGAGCGGAACAAAACAUGGGGGCACAUGACCCCAGACUUGCAAAGGAUGAAAGGGGAGACCCCUGUGAACAGCACUAUGAGUAUUGGGCAAGCCCGCAAGAUGGUGGAACAGCUUAAGAUUGAAGCCAGCUUGUGCCGGAUAAAGGUGUCCAAGGCAGCCGCAGACCUGAUGACUUACUGUGAUGCCCAUGCCUGUGAGGAUCCUCUCAUCACCCCCGUGCCCACUUCGGAGAACCCUUUCCGGGAGAAGAAGUUCUUCUGUGCCCUCCUCUGAGCUGCCCUGUUCUUCCUCACAACGCAUCAUCUUUCCCUCUCCUGGGCCCUUUCUUAGGUCAGUAACUGUCGUGAGCCCCUAAGGAUUCCUGCAUCACAUUCCUAGCCCUUGUCCAACCCUGUGAGGUUAUCUGAAGCACAAGGCCCUCCCUCACCUGUCUGUUGACCCCAUUUCCUCACCCACUGUGGCCGACGUGACUCGGGGCACCCUUUGCUCCACCCACAGAAGGGCCGUCAGACUCUGCCAGCGUCCUGCCCCCUUCCCUCUGUGACCUGCUGAGACAAUGGAGAGAGGGAUGGGCCGGGCGCUUGCUCUCAGUCUCACCUGGAGCUAUUGGGAGGGUAAAGCCAUUUGAAGAAUAAAGUCAUCCAGACUCUCA